CCGCGCUGCCAGUCCUCCCUCGGCGCGCGGGCUGAUAUGAGGUGGAGGAGCGAACGCCCUCACUCCACGCACUCGCGCCCACACUCAUCACCCUUCCUCACCCUCAUGCGCGCAGGGUGCCGGGCGAGACCAGGGGCCCUGCUGUUCAGAGAAGAGGGGGAAGGAGAUCCUGUGCCAGAGAAGCUGGUGACUGUUGGUUUAAGCGUGCUUUGGAUUAGCAAUCAGAUUGGGAAUCAUGAUUACCGCGAUUGAUGCCUGGGCGCUAAUGUGUUGGCGUGACCGGAACGCUGUUACUAAGGGAGUGCCAGUGUGAGACGGGGUCGACGUGACACCCAGGGGCAAGCAACAAGUGCCGCGGAGUGCGUUCGUCUUUCUCGGCUCCUGACGGGAUUUAGUGUGUGAAGUGUGACAUGCGGAGAGUCGGCUGUGCGGAGGCCUGGAGAGGGGACGCUUGAGAGGGCGACGCCGCCUACAGACACCGCAUACCACACUCGAGCGCUUCCGAGAAAGCACCGACCUUCUUCUUUCGUUAUAAAUAUCCUGACGUAGAAUCCACAGGACAUGUAGAUCGACAACAAUAAGCGUCGAGUCGUUCCUGGACCAAAGCCACAGCGUCAAGGGCUCGCUCCCUCCCAGCCGGAGUCCUUCAGCCUUCGCCAAGAGCUGCACGUCUGUACACCAGCCGUCCAAACAGCGGCGUGAACUCUCGCCUACAUGACAGCUGCCCACACGCCCACCUCGCUCUCCCCCCGCGAUUUCGGAAUUAAUGUUAGGCCGUUCCUCGUCUGCCCCCUUGUGUAGAUCCGCGUCCUGCAAGAACACACCACAGCCGCAGGAGUCGACAGAGGAGACGCCGGGUGACCGCGAGAGGAGCAGCAGCGCAGGAUGCCUUCUGUGCGCGUCGGAGGAAGUGCCUGAAGUAGGAGGCAGAGGAGGUUCCUCCGCGGAAGGCGAUCAGUGCAGGCGCGAGCGACCUGUCUCCGCGUGGGGCGUCGGCUACAAGAGCGAGGCUGACCUUCCCGACGCCGUCGCCGAGUGCUUCGAGGACGCGCCGCUCCUGGCCAGGCUCCAGACGCGCCUUUACUCGCUUGUGGGGCGCGCCAGCAGGUACCGCUUGCACAAGGGCCUCGCCCCGCCGGCCAUGUCCCUCGACGCCCUCCGCAGGAAGGUGAAGGAGGCCAAGCACCGCCUCCUGCACCACCCCCCGUCCCCCUCCCCCUCGUCCUCGUCGUCCUCGUCCCCCGCGACGACGAAGGGGGGGUCGACCCCCGACACUUUGAGAUACCCUCCAGACUCGCCCGCGUCGCGCCUCUCGAGCCCCGGCCUCAUCACCCCGUGCGACACCCUGGGCAAGCGGCGGCGUCCCCAGUCCCCCGGGGGAGGAGGCACAGUAGGGGGAGGCUGCUCCUCGCUGCAGCACUACUGGGGGGGCGAGGCGGGGGGAGGCGAGGAGGAGAUCGAGCUCCUGCAGCAGUACCUCAACCUGCAGCAGCUGGCCGUUUCGAGGAAACAUUCGGCGCAGCUGCGACGGAUCCGGGACUCCCUUCUCGCCCGCGUCAGGAGCCGGCCGUCGUCCAUGAUCAAGCCCGCGAGCGGCAAUGACAUGAGCUGCGUCACGCCCGUGGUCCUCACCUCGCCCGCCCACACGCCCGCGAAGGACCGGCAGGCGCUUAGGAACUUCCUGCUGGACAUUGGAUUCGUCCAGUAUUACUCCCUGCUCAACAGACAUGGAUAUGACCUCGCGUCGGCAGCGCACAUGGAUUCCCUCGACCUCGCCAGCGUGGGGAUCACCGAGCCGCUUCACCGAAUGGCUGUCAAAUACGAGCUGGACCUUGUCAAGCAGCCCCCCGCCAUCCCCGACGUCGUCCCGGAGACUUGCCAGGAGUGGCUGACGUCGCUCGGCCUGCAGGAGUACGUCGAGAACUUCCACCAGAACGGCAUCUACUGCCCCCUCGCCGCGCUCGGCCUGUCCAAGCGCGACCUGCAGGUGAUGGGGGUCUACAUGCUCGGCCACAGGAAGAAGAUCCUGUUGGCCAUCGCAGGUCUUAAGGAGGCUUUGCUGAGGAAGGACUGAGGGGAGGAGGAGGA